AUGUCGAGGCGCAAGCAAGCCAAGCCGCAGCACAUCGACUCCGACGAGCCCGCUUCGCUGGGAAACGGGAUUCUUCAAGAUGAUCAAGCUGAGGAGACUGGAAAUGAAAUGAAGAGGUUCCGAAUGGAGGAGACCAGGGUCUGCAACAAGUGCUGUGCCGAAUUCUUUGAUGAAGCUGAAUUUCUUGAGCACGAGAAAAACUGCACUAAGAAUCAGCAAGUGGUCAUCAUGAAAGAUGGAGAUGGCAAUGAAGUGCCUGAGGAGUACUCACAAGGCUCUCCCGAUGGCGUGACGAGUGACCAUGACGAUAGUCGGUCCAGCAGUCAUUCCCUAUCAAACGUCAAUACAGACCACCUGGAGAGAACGGAGGAAGAUAAUGCAGAGGACUUGGGACAACAGGAUCAGGCAGAGAUGGCUGCUAGCCCUGAGAUGGCUUUCCACGCCUUGUCCAAACUCCAAGAUUCAAAUGUCACUCUUGAAACCAUGGCAGACACUAAAGUGGCUGUAUCCCAACAUUCUUCAAAUAGCAAAUCUCCUUCCUCAUCACAGGAAGCCAUGCAGGCCAUCCCGAUGAUCUUGGAACAGUUAGUGUGCCUACAGCAACAGCAGCUACAGCAAAUCCAGCUCACAGAACAGAUUCGAAUCCAAGUAGCCAUGAUGACUCCACAGGGUCUGCAGUCAUCAGUAGGGGCAGUAAUGGACCCUCUGAAAGCUCUUGGUGCACAUCUCUCUCAACAGCUGUCUGCUGCAGCAGCACUGAUAGGAAAAAGGACCGGCAGUCAGAGCCUUUCUAUGGAGACGAUGAAGCAAGGUAAACUACCUCUCCCCACCGGCAUCCCCGCGUCUCUACCUGGAGGACUGGGUUCAAUGACUUCUAAAACAGACAUUUUGAAAAGCAUUCCAGAUCUGGCAAGCCGUUUACCAGCACUACUGCCACAGUCACCAGGUGUCAUGGGUUUCCCCAGCACCUUCAGUAGUAUCCCAGCAGGGAUUGAGUCCUCCAAAAAAGUGAAGACGAAGAUGCUCAACCUCACACCAGAGUCAAAGAACGGUGACUCGUUGUACAAGCACAAGUGUAAGUACUGCGGAAAGACCUUUGGCAAUGACAGUGCUCUCCAGAUUCACUUGCGUUCUCACACCGGCGAGAGGCCCUUCAAGUGCAACAUUUGCGGAAACCGCUUCACAACCAAAGGUAACCUCAAAGUGCAUUUCCAGAGGCAUAAAGACAAGUACCCUAACAUCAUCAUGAACCCACAUCCUGUGCCAGAGCACCUUGACAAUAUUCCCACCAGCAGCGGCAUUCCCUUUGGCAUGUCUGUGCCCAUGGAUGAGUCAAAUUUGACUGAAAUUAAGCCUAUUCUAGGACAUCCUGUUGCUGGGUUCCACCCCUCAUCCAUGCCAGGAUUGAAGACAACAUUUGACAGCUUUGCAGAGAACCCAUUUUCCCAGAGACCCUCCCCAUCUACAAGUGAUGGCUCCCCAUCUGUUUCCUCUAAUAUGUUUGGCCAAGAGACUGGACUGGACCAGACACAGAAGGAUGCUAAAGAGCUGCUUGGAGUGCUGCAUCACAUGAAUGGUAGUGCCCUUCCAGGAGAACAGAGCUCCGGGACCGCGAAACUUCAGCAGAUGGUAGAUGGCCUGGAAAAGAGAACCAAUGACCCCAACGAGUGCGUAAUCUGCCAUAGGGUGCUCAGUUGCCAGAGCUCGCUCAAAAUGCAUUACCGUACACACACCGGCGAGAGGCCCUACAAGUGCAAAAUCUGUGGCCGUGCAUUCUCCACCAAAGGUAACCUCAAGGCCCAUUAUGGCGUGCACAGGGCUAACACUCCUCUUAAAAUGCAGCACUCAUGUCCCAUCUGCCAGAAGAAGUUCACCAACGCUGUGGUUCUGCAGCAGCACAUUCGUAUGCACAUGGGUGGGCAGAUCCCCAACACCCCGAUGCCAGAAAACCAGUUUGAAGCAGCAGAAGCAAUGGAGUCCUCCCUACCAGAGGAGACAGUGGAAACCAAUGGUUUUGAAGCAAACAUGGAUGAUCACGAGGCAGAGCUGAACCCCCACAAGCCAAACGACGCCUCGGAGUCACUCCCAUCUGCCUCUGAGGAACAACCACAGCAGCAUGUCGCCCCCGCUGUGUUUUCCAGCCUCGAUGUCCUGAAGAAUCUUACCUCUGCUCUUGCACUGAAACGACAGAGUAGCACCACUUCAGAAGGCGAGGGUACACCCAAAGAAUCCCCAUCGGCUCUGAAAGAGCAGGACUAUCAGAACGGCCGUAGUCCUGCGGUUUCUGACUCUGCCAUGUCCUUUAACUCAUCUUCCCCUGUAAACAACAUGAGUGGCUGCAAGUCUCCUGAGUCUGCUGUUGACGAAUACGCCCGCAGUGCGUCAAAACCAGAGGCCGACGGUGGUGCUCAAGGUGGCACAGAGUCAGGUGGAGCCCUUGACCUCACAGCUUCCAGCAGCUUCAUCCCCAAAGCAAUUAAAGAGGAACCCAGCACUCCAUUCACAAACGGAGACUAUGUUCCUAGUAACAUGCCUUUCAUGAGGAUACCAUCAAGUCUGGCCAGUCUGGAGAUGAAGAUUCCUCCAGAGAAUCCGCUGGGCGCUCAUGGUUUGUUCAGCUCCCACAUGCCUCAGGGAACCGCCAUGCCCUCAAUCUCCACAGCACCACGGCGAUCAACCAAGCAGCACGUGUGCAAUGUCUGCGGCAAGAACUUCUCAUCUGCCAGCGCCUUGCAGAUCCACGAGCGCACUCAUACAGGAGAGAAGCCCUUUGCCUGCAACAUCUGUGGCAGGGCCUUCACCACCAAGGGAAAUCUAAAGGUGCAUAUCGGCACUCACAUGUGGAACAACUCGUCACGUCGUGGCCAGCGUCUGUCUCUGGAUAAUCCCAUGGCGCUGAUGGCAAUGAGCUCCGAGGCGAAGAUGCUACCAGAAAUGAUGCAGGCCCCCAAAGAACUGGGUGCUCCGCAACUGAACUUUGACCCCUCUCUGUGGAACCAGUAUGCUGCUGCCUUCAGUGGUGGCCUGACCAUGAAGACAAAUGAAAUAUCUGUCAUCCAGGGUGGUGGCAUCCCACUGCCGGGGAGCCCCGCCGGUGGGCCCUUGAUUGGAUCCACUGGCGGCCUCGUGAAGAUGGACGGAUCCCACUCUGGCUUGCCUGCCACCAUGGCCGAAAUUGAGAAGAACGGCUCUGACAAUGUGCCAAAAUCACAGUUCCCACAUUUCAUGGAGGAGGGUAAAAUUGCAGUGAAUUAGGCCGUUUAGCCAUCAAUUCAUCAUAUGAAGUCAGUUUUUGAAUGUCUC